UGAAAGAAGAUUCUUCGCAUAGUCUCUUUUGCCAAUCAAGGAUAAAGUGAUAUCUUCCUUAUCUUUAGUAAUAAUAACAAGGGGCAAAGCUAGUUAUGGUUGCACCCAUUUGUUGGCUCCCCAUGCCCGAAAGAAAAAAAAAAAAACUAUGAUUUGUCUUGUUAUUUAUUAUUUGCCUUUACUUAGUUGGUUCCCCAUAUAAGAAUUUGCAUGCUUUUUUUUUAGAGAGAGAGAGAGAUAUAAAGAGAGUAAUUAAUUUGGUCUGUUUGCUCUGUUUUUCCUAUGUUUCUGAGAUCAUGAAUGAUUCUAAGACUGAAACACCUUUUGUUAAAGCUGGGUUACUUAGUAGAUUAUCAUUUUGGUGGUUAAAUCCAUUGAUAAAGAAAGGUAAACACAAAAAUCUUGAAGAUGAUGAUAUACCCAUGUUAAGAAAUUCAGACAGAGCAAGCACUUGUUACGUGUUAUUCAUGCAACAACAACAACGACAACCGAAGUCAGUUUUGUGGGCAAUUGUUCAUUGUUACUGGAAAGAGAUCGUCGUUUCGGGUUUAUUCGCAUUACUCAAGAUAAUCAUUCUAUCUUCCGGUCCAUUGUUUCUUAGUGCUUUCAUUAAAGUUGCAGAAGGCAAAGAAGAUUUUAAACAUGAAGGUUAUGUUUUAGCCGGACUACUGUUCUUCUCCAAAUUGUUAGAAUCGUUGUCGCAACGUCAAUGGUAUUUUCGUAGUAGAAUUACGGGUAUUCAGAUAAGAUCGUUACUCUCAGCAGCUAUUUACAAGAAGCAAUUCAAACUUUCCAGUUCUGCUAAAACAACAAACUCAGCCAGCGAGAUUAUUAGUUAUGUAACGGUUGAUGCGUAUAGAAUUGGAGAGUUUUCUUACUGGUUUCAUCAGAUAUGGACACUAGCCCUCCAAGUUUGUCUAGGCUUGGCGAUUCUUGUUCGUGCUGUGGGUCUUGCGACGCUUGCAGCUUUGGCUGUCAUAAUACUUACUGUGCUGGUGAACAUUCCUGUGGCAAAACUUCAAACCAAGUAUCAGAGAAAGCUUAUGGGGGCACAGGAUAGAAGACUAAAGGCGAUAUCCGAAGCUUUGGUGAACAUGAAAAUCUUGAAGUUGUAUGCUUGGGAGAUUCAUUUCAAAAAUGUUAUCGAAAGAUUGAGAAAUGAUGAGUACAAACGGUUGUCACCUAUGCAUUAUCAGAAAGCGUUCAACGGUUUCCUCUUCUGGGUAUCACCUGUCAUGGUAGCUGCUGCCACCUUCUGGGCUUGUUACUUUCUCAAGGUUCCUUUGAAUCCUAGUAACGUGUUCACAUUUAUAGCAACUUUACGUAUCGUGCAAGACCCAAUUAGAUUAUUUCCUGAUCUUAUUGGAGUUGUAAUUCAAGCAAAAGUUUCAUUUGAACGGAUCGAAAAAUUUCUCGCAGCGCCGGAGUUGGAGAGUGACAAGGUCAGGCACAAAGGAAAUGAUGAAGAGCAGCAACUCAAGCAUUCCAUAUUUAUCGAAUCCGCUAAUUUCUCAUGGGCAGAGAGUCCUGUAAAAUACACUCUGAGAAACAUAAAUUUAUUGGUUAAGCCUGGUGAGAAAGUGGCUAUAUGUGGAGAGGUUGGUGCGGGUAAAUCAACACUUUUAGCUGCAAUUCUUGGAGAGGUACCGAACAUAAAAGGAACGAUUCAAGUUUACGGAAAGACGGCCUAUGUUUCUCAAAAGGCAUGGAUACAGUCAGGAAGUAUACAAGAAAAUAUUUUGUUUGGGUGCAGCUUGGAUGAGAAAAGAUACCAAGAAGUACUGGAAAGAUGUUCACUGCUUAAGGAUCUUGAAAUGCUACCAUAUGGCGAUCUCACUGAAAUAGGAGAAAGAGGAAUCAAUCUGAGUGGUGGGCAGAAGCAACGGAUUCAACUAGCUCGUGCACUCUAUCAGGAUGCUGAUGUAUAUCUACUGGACGACCCAUUUAGUGCGGUUGAUGCUCAUACUGCUACGAGCUUAUUUAAUGAAUACGUUAUGGGAGCUCUUGCUGGAAAGACAGUGUUACUUGUAACUCAUCAAGUUGAUUUUCUUCCUACUGCCGAUUAUGUUCUGCUGAUGUCAGAUGGUGAAAUCCAACAUGCAUCUCCAUAUCAUACGCUACUAGCUUCAAGUUCAGUAUUUUAUGACCUUGUCAAUGCACAUAAAGAUACAGCGGGAAAUGAAAGGCUCACUAAGGUUGAUUCUUCGCAAAGAAAUGGAAUCUCUGCAAGAGAUGCCGGUAAAAUCUACCGAGACAAAGAAACUAAAGAAUCAGCAGGACAUCAGUUAAUAAGGAAAGAAGAACGAGAAACUGGAAACACGGGCUGGAAGCCGUACUUACAAUAUCUGAAUGGAAAGAAAGGCUUCUUUUACUUGUGUUCAUCAACUGUUCCGCAACUCUUUUUUUUUGCUUGCCAAAUACUGCAGAACUACUGGAUGGCUUCUAACCUUCAGAACUCUCAUGUCAGCAAACUGCGAUUAGUACUAGUGUACUUUGCAAUUGGAUGCAUCUCGAUAUUCUUUUUGCUUGUUAGAUGUUUUUCUGCGGUUGCUUUGAGUAUGCAUUCAUCGAAGUCCUUAUUCUCUCACUUACUAGACUCUCUUUUCCGUUCACCAAUUUCUUUUUAUGAGUCGACUCCUCUGGGCAGAUUACUAAGCCGGGUCUCCUCUGAUCUAAGUACAGUAGACCUCGAUCUCGGAUUCAUUUUCAUACAUGUUAUCGUGGUUACAGCUAAUUUUUAUAUCACUCUUGGAGUACUGACUGUCAUUACCUGGCAAGUCGUGUUUGUUUGCAUACCAAUGGCAUUCUCGGUGAUAUACUUGCAGGGAUACUAUUCGGCUUCAGCAAAAGAGUUCAUGCGAAUUAAUGGAACAACCAAGUCUAUGAUAGCAAAUCAUCUUGGGGAGUCCAUAACAGGAGCAAUGACAAUUAGAGCUUUUAAAAAUGAAGAACGAUUCUUUCUUCGAAAUCUUGAGCUCAUUGACAAAAAUGCUAGUCCUUCUUUUUACAUUUAUUCCGCAAAUGAGUGGUUCAUCCAACGUUUGGAAACACUGUCAGUCAUUGUUCUUUGUUCCUCGGCGCUACUAAUGGUUUUGCUUCCUCGAGGAACUUUUAGUUCAGGGUUCAUCGGAAUGGCAUUGUCUUAUGGUCUCUCGUUGAAUAUGUCUCUUGUGUUCUCAACUCAAAACCAGUGUGCAUUAGCAAAUAACAUUAUUUCAGUGGAAAGGCUAAGCCAGUACAUGAACAUUCCUAGCGAAGCUCAGGAAGUCAUAGAAGGAAAUCGGCCUGCACCAAGUUGGCCUGCUGUGGGUAGAGUUGAGUUUCAGGAUUUAAAGAUAAGGUACAGGGCUGAUACUCCUUUUGUUCUUCAAGGGAUUACCUGCACAUUUGAAGGAGGGCACAAGAUUGGAAUUGUUGGCAGAACUGGCAGCGGGAAAACAACUCUGAUAAGUGCUUUGUUUCGUAUAGUUGAACCAUUCGGAGGGAGAAUUGUCAUAGACGGCACUGACAUCUCAACAAUUGGACUGCAUGAUUUAAGAACGCGGUUGGGGAUUAUACCUCAAGAUCCUACUCUCUUUAAAGGAACUGUGAGAUACAAUUUGGAUCCACUGUCUCAACAUAGUGACCAUGAAAUUUGGGAGGUUCUCGAUAAAUGUCAACUUCGAGACACAGUACAAGAGAAAAAAGAGGGUUUAUGUAGUCUAGGUAAGCGAUUUACAGUAUCACCAUCAUCAGCUCUCUUUUUUUUUUUUUCUGAUCCUUUCUCUUAUAUGCAACUUGUAAUAUAUUGUGCAGUUGAACAAGAUGGUGGAAACUGGAGCAUGGGACAGCGGCAACUAUUUUGCUUGGGUCGAGCUCUUUUGAAGAGAAGUCAGAUACUGGUGCUUGAUGAAGCUACUGCUUCAAUUGACAAUGCAACAGAUUCUAUACUUCAGAGAACCAUCCGUACUGAGUUCGAGAGUUGCACAGUCAUCACAGUAGCUCAUAGGAUACCAACCGUGAUGGACAGUACAAUGGUGCUUGCAAUCGGUGACGGAAAGAUAGUGGAAUACGAUGAACCAACGAAACUGAUGAAUGAAGAGGGAUCAUUGUUUGGGGAGCUUGUAAAGGAAUACUGGUCACACAUCAACUCUGCACAUUCAUAAUGAAAUCUUAUCCAUAGAUUUCUAAGGGCGAUUUUACAUUGGUUUAUAUGCAUAUGACUUUGAGAAACAUAAGAAUGCAACCAGUUCUAUUACACUAAGUGCAGCUAGAAACCAAUAAAAGUAAUCUAAAUGCGCCUGAUUUA